AUGCUACCCCUAACCGCCCUCUUGAUCAUGGCGCUGGCAGCCAGCUCCACCCAGGCCUGGCGAAUCGAUUUCUUCUUCGACGAUCAAUACAGUUCCAAGGGAUGGAUUGAGUACAAGAAGGGCCAAGGGACCGGGAACCAUGUCAGAACCGUACUGCCGACCUGGUCGAUGUACCCCCCGGAAGCAGUGUUAGUGAUCGAACUCGACGGGUGCGAAGUCCUUUUCGAGAACAAGGCACUUACGUGGCAGCUGCCUGAGGGCGGAUGCUUUCGUUAUCGGGAUCCCUGGGAGACGUGGAAGGUCAAGAAUUGUCCCAAGCCGAGGAAGUGUAGGGGAAGACGUGAUGAGGAUGAUGAUGGGUCGGAUUGUGAGAGCUCGGGUCCCGACUAG